UAGAGUUAUCUCCUCUACCGUCAUGUUGUCGAAAUUUUUGCACUUAAUGGUGUUAUUGAAAAGUAUAUUUUACAACGAGUCUCGUAAUGGCUGAUCAGUUUAAUUGUAUUUUAUGUAGGCCUAUAUUCUAUUUGAAAAUAGUGUUGAAUUAGUAUAAAUGUGUGUCAGCUGUCGCAAGAAAUGAUUCCUUUGGCAAACAAAGAAGAAUCAUGCCCAUUGAGGUUGAAUUGAUUCAUUGAAAAAUAGUCGUGAAACUACAGUCUGCCCUAUAUGACAUGUACAUUAUGGCAAAAUCACCUGGAAACUGGUUGAUUCGACAUGCAUCUGUGAAGUCAAUAACAGUAACAGUCCUUGUCUUAACUUUAUUUGUUAAUGAAUAUUUGGUUUAUUGGGUACAAAGUUCAAGAUGGCCAGUAUUUCCAGAAGUUGACAGGCAAAAAGAAAUGGUUGUGUUGCUAGUAUCAGAUCCACAGUUACAAGGUAUUCGAGAUGAACCAGGUUUUCCUGUCGGCAUGGUGGCCAGAUGGGAUGUUGAUAGAUAUCUUAGCAAGACAUUUCAGCUAGCCUACAGUUAUAGUCAGCCUGAUAUAGUAGUCUUUCUAGGUGAUUUAAUGGAUGAAGGUAGUAAAGCUAGCCCAGAUGAAUAUCAAAGUUAUUUUACUAGAUUUAAUAGUAUCUUCCAUUCUGCAAAAAAAUCAAAAGUAAUAUACAUCCCUGGCGAUAAUGAUAUUGGAGGAGAAGGAAGGGAUUUCAAGACAUUUAAGAAAGUUUCCCGAUUUGAAAACCAUUUUGGAAAUAUAUCAGGGGUUGUCAGUACACGAUUUGUAGAUAUUUUAAAGUUAGAUGUUAGCCUUCAUACAGAUGUUCCAAGAGGCACUCAAGAAAAAUUAAAAGAAUACAAAUCGAAAAUGAACUCACCGUUCCGUGUAAUAAUAAGUCAUGAAACCAUGCUACCAAAGUUAAAAGUUUAUAUUUAUCCUAUAAUAAAAGAAAUUAAGCCCCAACUACUCUUCUCUGGUCAUUGGCACAAGUCAAUGCAUUUUGUGUGUGAUAGCUGUUUAUCAGAUAAUGCUGAUACUAGUCAUUGGCCUGUACAUCGUAGAGAGUUAAGUGAUAUUAAUGAUUAUAUGUAUCUGGAUCUGACUAACAGUCAAGGUAUACAAGAAUUAAUGAUACCUACAUGUAGUUAUAGAAUGGGUGUCACUGAUAUUGGAUAUGGUGUAGCAAUAAUAAAUAAAGAGAAAACAGUAAGAUAUACAGUACUGUGGUUACCUAGAAGAUAUGAUGUGUUAUAUGCCUAUAUUUUUGUUGUUAUAUUUUUGUUGAUAUUUAAUAUAUUUGGUAAAUUAUGUUUUCCAAAGCUUCUCUAUAAUUAUAGACCAUAUUAUAAAUACAGAUAAUUCGUUAACGUGAUGAGAUGGUUAAACUGGCAUGUCCAAAUGAUGUUAAGAUUUGAAAUGAAAUGAGAUUUAAUGUCCCACAUUUCUGUUCAAACAGAGGUAAUGCAGACAUGCAAUUCUCCAAUUGUAAUUCCAACGCCAGAGGUACACAGGAACUCUGUGUGUCAUCCCAUUCAAAAUGACUAGAAUGAUCUUCUUGGCCAGGCCCUCCGUUCUGCACCACUGACAAUGGGAAAUCGGAGUGGAAUAUCCUGAGGAACUUCUGGUUAGUGAGCCACCACCUUACUCAAUGAGCCAGCAUGGCUUCAUGUAAGGUUUAGUAGUAUUGUUUUGAUUGUGAUAAAUCUAUAACUCUUUUCAAUUGGUAUAUUGCAACUUUAAUUGGUAAUAAUAGGCUACUUAUACUUGUAUUAUAUUUUGUUUUAGGUUAUAUUUUUUACAAAGAAAACAUAUUUUAAUCAAAUUUGCAUGUAGAGAUAUAUUCUUCAUAUUUUAUCAUUAAUCUUAUGUUUGUAUGUAUCAUGUUUAUAAAUAUUAUGUUUUUAUGUAUCAUGUUUAUAAACAAUUUGUUUUUUUUUUAAAAUGACUAUUUAUCUAACAUUUAUUCAAGGACAUUGUAAUGAUUCAAAGUUUAUUUUUUUAAUUGAUAAUUAAUAUUUUCAGAAGAAAUCCAUAUUCUUACCACGUGGAUGAAAUCCUUAAUGUACAUGUACACAUAACGUCCGCUUCCAUCUGUCUAUUGGUCGUUCUACAUUUGCUUGUGAAUGCUCUAGGGGUUUAAUGUUCAUGAGAUGAAGAUUUGAAUUACUGUUGGAGUUAUUGUCCUCUAGUGGCUAGUGUUAUUUUCUAAUUUAAUUUGAUAUUGAUACCGUUUUUAUGUGAAAAAUCCCAUUGAUUUUCAACGAUUUCUGAUAAAUUGAACAGCUAAAUUUAUCAUAUGAUUACAAGUAGAACUAGACAACAAAAUUAAAAAACCCCUUUUUUUUUUAAACAAGCCAACAGUGAGGCUGAUGUCCCUGGCUGAAAUCCCCAAAUAAAUAGAUGACACAUAUUAAAUAUUAAUUAAUUGCACAUCUAUUUCAAAAGUAUCGAGCAAUCAAACUGAUUAUCAACUAUACACUAAGUUUCAUCACUCUCUACCAAAGUUAUCUUGUCCCAAAGCAUCGACCAAGGAAAUUACUUAUCUCUGCUUAGCUUUAGCUUGAUAUGUUAAUCAUUGAACUCCGUCAAGACGAACAUCUACAUCAAGUUUAAACAUUCUACCUUGAUUAGAAGCAGAGUUGUUAUUCCAAAGUCUUGACCAAUCAAAAUGCUUAUUGCCCCUUAGCCUAAGCAGACAAUUCUCAUCAUUAAACUUAGUCAAGGUAUUGAUGUAAUGAAACUAUACACCUAGUUUCAUCACUCUCACUUAAUUAGAACUAAAGUUAUCGUGUCCCAAAGCAUCAACCAAUCAAAUUGCUUAUCUCUACUGACCAUAAGGAAAAAACGCUCAUAACAGACAGCUUUAUGGAUGACAUUCACUAGGUUUAUUAACUGCAACGUUUCAAUGAGGAUUUCAAUGAGGUCACUCCACUGAUCUAUAUAUAAGAUAACUAUGUUCAGAAUAAAGUAAUUUGACUGAAAUUUUCAAUAUAUUCUUCUUUCAUCAUCUACUUUUUAACUGUUAUAGCAAGAAUGGCCAACUCUCUAUAAAAAUCUCCCAUAAUGUAUCUUUAAAUCCAAGCCAUCCGUGGGUCUACAGGGUUGAUUUUGUGCUUGUUGUGUAAAUAAAGAUCUAAUUUAUAAUUUCUAUGACAUCUGAAGCCUAAAUAAAGACUUGAAAUAAUCA